CACCACCUCUAUCUGCCAAGACCAACCCAGACCAGAAAACACAGAUCCAGCAAGGAAGCAAGAACAAUGGCAAAACAUAUAGGCCCCCAAACCCAUGCUGGCGGCCAACCACUCCAACAAGAUGACUACAUAGACAUGGAUCUGAGUCUGAGCUCACCACCAGCGGCCACCACCACCGCGAGCCUGUUCUGCUACAGCAGUGCCAUGGCAGCCUCGCCGUCGCCGCAGCACCCGCGAGAGUUUGAGUUCCACAUGUCGUCGUCGGCUCCACCAGACCCGUGGGAGGAGCCCGUGGCGUCCCCGGCAGACGAGCUCUUCUACAAGGGCAAGCUGCUGCCGCUCCAUCUCCCACCGCGCAUCCAGAUGGUCCAGAAGCUGCUUCAGAGCGCCGCUGAGAAGGGCUUGCUCUCAGCGAGCACUGCUCCAGCAACGCCGUACCAGUCCUGCAACGUGUCAGCGGCGAGCUCGUGUUACGCCAGUGGCGAGCUCAGUGCUGCUGAGUACUGCUCAUUCCAUGAGUGCGUAUCCACCGGUACUGACGCCGCCGAGGCGGCGGCGGCGGCGGCAGCCUCUGAGAAGAAGCCGUGGUCCAAGAAGCUCAGGUUCAUCAGGCACCUCAACCUCGGCCUCAAGCUCAAGGCGUCGAAGGCUUAUCUGAAAACGAUAUUUGCUACUACGACUAAAGGAGGGAAUCCAGAUGGCAAGAAUGGCGUGCCUAGAGCAAACGAGCUGCCCGGUGCACAGCUCAGUGCCUGGAGGAGGAGGAAGAACCCGUGGUUUGGCCAAAUCAGAAGCGAAAGGUACACGGCCGCCUCAUCACCCAUCAGCGACAACGCCACGGCAGGAGGCAAGUUUCAAGAGGACGAGUCAUGUGGCCAUAGAAGGUCCUUCUCCGGCGUCGUUGUCCGGUACUCGUCGUCAAACAAGACGUCCUCCGUUUCGUCGUCAUCGUCGUGUUCUUCUUCGUCGAGUUCGUCGUCCUUCUUGAUCCCAGGCUCAAACGACCGCAAGUUCAGAGAUGGUGUUGGAGUUGGGCCAGUGCUCAGGAGGAGCAGCAGCGCGAGUUCAGAGAUGGACUUGGACAAUCCGAUUCAGGGCGCGAUAGCGUACUGCAAGAGGUCACAGCAGCUCGCCUCCGUCAGGAAGAGCGCAAGCGACGCAGGGUUCCGUUUCAUGUCAUCGUCAGCAUCAAGAAUAGCAGCAGAGUCCGAAGAUGAUGAGGGCGUAUUUGAGAUCACCCGAAAUGGAAUGGAAACGUAGAUGUAAAUUCCAAAUAGUUCUGUACUCUUUUGAUCUUGGGCUUUUCUGUAGAUAUGGUAUGUGUCUGAUAUUAUGGCCUUCAGAAAUAUCAAUGUAAGCAAUUUCUGUUCGAGGG